AUGCCGCGCCCUCAGACAGAGGAACUUUCCCAAUUCGAAAAACAACGGCUCGCCAAUAUCGCGGAGCGCGAUGCUCUCCUCAAAAAACUCACACUUGAAGCACAGUCGACAGGCCUCUUCUCAAAACCGUCACCCAAGCCCGGAAACAGAGACAGUAGCACCGUCUCUAGACCGAAAAAGAAACCUGCACCUCGCGUGAAGAAGGAAGAAAAUGAGGCACCAAUCGUACGCCGCAUGUCAUCUCGCCUACGGGGUCUCACGGCAGAUAGCGAGGUCGCAAAACGAAAGGCGGAUGAAGCAUUUGAGGAGUCGCAAAGAGUUGAACGGGAGAAACGAUUGCGCAAGUCUGAUUUCUUCACGCUUGACAACAUGCUGGUUUCUGGUCAGAAGCUGACCGGUGAUGCGCUUAUUGGCAUUGAUGUGGUCACUAAGGGUGUUGCGAAACCCUAUGAGCGUACAUUUAGCGAUGAUGAUGUUAGAAAGACGACGGAUAAGGAUCUUAAGGUUCUUAGAGAAGAAAUGAGUUCCUUGGAGUUAUGGGAUCAAUGGACACCAGGUCGUAUCAAAAUCACCCCAGAGCGGAUCUAUACAAUGGCUUUCCACCCAUCUGAAGCGAAACCCCUGAUAUUUGCUGGAGAUAAAAUGGGACAUUUGGGUGUGCUCGACGCAUCACAGAAACGGCCAGAGAUUGCUGUAGACGAGGAAGACGAAUACGAUGAGCCCGACCCAGCAAUUACAACCCUCAAACCGCAUACUCGCACAAUUAGUUCAAUGGUCAUACAGCCGCAUAAGCUCACUCACCUCUACACGGCAAGUUACGAUAGCUCGAUUCGCGAAAUGGAUCUUGAGAAGAUGACGUCCGAGGAGAAAUAUGCACCAGAAUCAAGAUCUAUUGAUGAGCCCAUAUCGGGCAUUGAUAUGGCAUCUGACGAUCCUAACUGUCUUUACUGGACAACACUCAGUGGACUUUUUAACCGGUACGACCUUCGUUCUCCUAAUAAGCCCAUGUCAGUGGAAGAAUGGCAGCUUUCUGAAAAGAAGAUCGGUGGCUUUUCCUUAUUUCCAUCCCAUCCGCAUUUCUUUGCAACCGCAAGUCUAGAUCGCACAAUGCGAUUAUGGGAUAUAAGGAAACUGUCUCAUUCGAACCCUGAGUCGAUAGGCGAGCAUGAAAGUCGACUGUCUGUAUCGCAUGCAGCUUUCAACAGCGUCGGGCAAAUUGCCACCUCGUCUUAUGAUGAUUCCAUCAAGUUAUACGAUUUUGGGAAAAGGGGCAUUGCGUCCUGGAAACCGGGUCAUAAACUCAAUGAAACCACAGAAAUGAAACCUGAUACGGUAGUGAGGCAUAAUUGCCAGACAGGACGCUGGGUCACCAUUCUCCGACCACAUUGGCAACAGAAUCCGCAAUCCCCAAUACAGCGCUUUUGCAUUGCCAACAUGAACCGUUUCGUCGACAUAUAUACGUCGAAUGGCGACCAAUUGGCACAGCUAGGUGGCGAUGACAUAACUGCUGUCCCUGCAGUUGCGGUCUUUCACAGAAGUAAGAACUGGGUUGCUGGAGGGACCGCAAGUGGGAAGGUCUGCUUGUGGAUGUGA